AUAAGGAUCAUGAGCCAUAUCUCCUCUACCACCACCAAGGCCAUGCAUGCGGCAGGCGCCUACGAAACCACUCGGUAUUCCACUGCAGUCCCAACUUUGAUAACUCCCAACCUCGCAGAUCCUCCUGUUAUCUUGAGCCGAAUAAAAAAAGCCUCUUCUACCAUGCCAUCAGCAACGGAUCCUGAUUCCGUGGAUCGCCCUGGGAUCUUGAAUUGGAUACACUACAUGUGUGCGGCGCCGGCUCGUCGUGCAGCGCUCGUUGGACCUGGAGGUGUCGGGAAAUCGCACCUCGCACUGCAAUAUUACCUCGAUGUCAAGAUGGCUGCGCCGCAGUCUUCGAUCUUCUGGGUCCAUGGCGGGACCGCGGCGCGGUUCGAAGAAGGAUACAGAGAGAUUGCAGCCACGCUUCAAAUACCGCGCUAUAAUGAUCCCGACGUGGAUAUCCUGGAGCUGGUUAGGGACUGGUUGAGUGAUGAGAAGAUCGGACCGUGGACUAUGGUGCUCGACAAUGCAGACGAUAUCGAUGUCUUCUUACCCCAGCCGCAAUACCGCUAUAUGGAAUUCGGACUCGGAAGGGCGCCGGUUAGGAUGGUUGAUGACAAGCUGCCAUUGACAAAUUUCCUGCCCCGAAGCGACAACGGCUUCGUCUUGGUCACGUCGCGAAGCAGAGACGUAGCGACUCGAGUAGUCGGAAGCAAAGAACUUACAAAAUCAGUGAAGGCCAUGACCAGUGCUCAAGCUGUACAGCUUCUACGUAACAAGCUUGAAGAACCUGCCCCCGAACCCGACCUUCUCGAUCUAGCAAACACGCUCGACUGCAUCCCGCUGGCGAUCAGCCAGGCAGCUGCAAACAUCAACCGCAGCGCCCACACAUUGGUAUCGCGCUACCUAGAUGAGUUCCGCACGAGUGAUGGCAAGACGAAUAACCGGCUAAGUAAUGACGCGGGCGACUUGCAGCGGGAUUUCACCGCGUUCAAUACGAUAGUGUCGACGUGGGAGAUAUCAUUUGAGCAAAUUUACCAGCAAAGAUGGUCUGCGGCAGAUCUGAUGUCACUCAUGAGUUUCUUCAAUGGCCAAAACAUACCAGCAUUUGCGCUUCGGGCUUGGUACUCACCCAAAAGCGCCGCAGGCGGCCGGGGAAGCUUUGGAAGUGAUGGCGAAGGCGGUGAAACCGACGUCGACUCCGGCCACGACGACUUUGAAGGAAAGUUCAGGUACGAUCAAGACAUUGAGCUCUUGCUGGCGUAUUCGCUGGUAAAGUCCAAUGACCACCGCACUCUCUUCGACAUACACCCCAUGGUACGAUCCUGCGUCCAGAACUACCUCUCACCGCAAAAGAAGAAGUUCUACGCCACUCAAUUCUUGAAGUUGAUGGAACAAAAAUUCCCCCGCGACGCAAAAGCCAUUUCGCCCAGAUCAAGAGCAUUACUGCCGCAUAUCGAACCAAUUCUAUACGAUGAGCCCACUGAAGACCCCGAGUUAAUGAACUGCUACGCAGAUCUCGUGAUGCACGUCAGCAAGUAUGCGCUCGAGAAAUGGCAAUACAGAAGAGCAGAGAAAUUAUCAUCGAUGACGCUACGAGUUUCAGAAACGUUGUGGGGAAACCGUGGGAAAAAGACGCUGUACCGGAUGUGGCACCACGGCAAAGUGUUGCUUUGGCAAGGCAAGUAUGUUGAAGCGGAAGAGAUUUACAGACCAUUGUUGGCUAGGUUGAAAGAGAAACUGGGUGAGGGGAACGUCAGAACUCUGUCCUGUGUGGAGCGCCUAGGGGAGUGUUUGAGGAUUGGGUACAAGCACACUGAGGCGUUGAACCUUUAUCGUGAAGCUUUGGCAGUCAGCAUCAGGACUCAAGGAGAGGAUGGUAAUAACACUCUUGCCAUAUUAAAGGGGAUCGGGCUAGUAUAUGUCGUCCAGAGAAGGCAUGGAGAAGCAGAAGCGAUAAUGCGAAGAGCGCUUGGGGGGACAGAAGGCUCCGGAUCCAAACAAGGACAUAGCUGGAGUUGUCUGGCUUGGGUGUUGGAGGCCCAGGGAAAGUUCAAAGAGGCUGGAGAGAUAUACCGUACAAUGUGGGCUGAAUCACAGGCGCAAAGAGGGGCAAAUCACCCCGUUACAUUGACCCAUUUACUCUGCCUUGCAAAGCUUGUGUACUUGCAGAAUAGAUAUCAAGAGGCGGAACUGUUAUGUCGACAACAGCUGGAACGCUCGAAGGAAAUCGAAUACCAGAACCACGAGGUGUCAAGCCUGGAACUGUUAGCGAAGUGUUUGUCACUACAAAACAAGCAUCAAGAGGCAGAAAUGACAAUGCGGAGAGCACUGGAAGAACAGAUUAUAAGGACGGGCAAAGACCAGCCUGUGACGGUAUUGCUUCUAAUCAAUAUAUCGGAAAUACUAAGGCGCGCAGCCAUAUACGCCGAAGCAGAAAAAGAGAGUCGCAAUGCCUUCGAGAUAGGGAAAAUGCUGCUCGAGGACGAUCAAUUGCGUGCCAGCUCUAUUCACAACUGGGCUAUCACACUCCACUCACUACAUCGUUUCAAAGAGGCAUUAGCCAUGUAUGAGCAAGCGCUUACCAGCUACCGCCGAAAACUAGAUUUUGGGCAUCCCGAAAUAGCACGGUGCUUGUCUCAAUUCAAUAGUUUACUAUCCGAGAUACAGUUGAGGCGCGAGCUACGAAUUAUUCGAGACCCCAAGCAAUUGGGACACAACACGUCAUCCACGCUAGAAGAGGAUAAAGUUCGCGAAUUGAAAACAAUUUAUCGCAAUGGAUUUCCUCGUCACUGGGAUGACAGUCUAGCAGACGUGGAGCUGGACUUGGGUACCGACGAAAAGGCGGAGCAGGAAGCGGUUGAAAAAGCGUAUGGACUUCUCUCGCAGCUUGCAAUUCAAAAUGUGUAG